AUGGAAGCUAUUGCAACAGGAGAUGUAGACCUGAACUGUCCUCACAACUGCAACAACCAUAACACUCAUUUCUUUGGCACUGACAAACAGAUAGUGAGGAGAGGUCAGGCCUUCAACUUUUAUGUGAACUUCAAGAACCGGGAAUGGGAUGACUCCAGGGACACCAUCUCCUUCACUGUGGAGACAGAUGACCCCGUGUAUAUGUACAAUGGGGCCCUCAGAAAAGAAUAUGUCCUGAAUGAACAAGGAAUGCUGUACCAGGGCGUUCACAAGCACAUUACUUCUAGACCGUGGCACUUUGGACAGUUUGAAGAUGGCAUUUUGGAUAUCUGCCUGAAACUCCUGGAUAUGGGUGCAAAUUACCAUCAUGACUCUGACCGAGAAAGUAGUUGGCGCAAUGAUCCUGUGCAUGUCAGCAUGGUGGUAAACCACAUGAUUUGUGGCCAUAGCAGUAACAGCAUCAUGAAGCUCCCACAGAACAAUGAUUACCUGCAGGGGGCUAAACCACUGUCAUGGAAUGGAAGUGUUCCCAUCCUUCAGCAGUGGUAUAAAGGCAGAUGUAGGCCAGUCAGAUAUGGAGACUCUGCAUCUCUUGCAUCAGUAAUGUGCACAGUGAUGAGGUGUUUGGGAAUCCCAAGCCGUGUUGUCACAAACUUCUAUUCUCCUCAACGUGCUGAGAACCCCCUUGUUGUCAAUGAACUUUUUGAUUGUACUGGCAAAACACUGCGUGGCAAAGACAGUCUUUGGAGCUACCACUGCUGGAAUGAAUCUUGGAUGGCCCGCAGAGAUCUAAAUCAAUGUUGUGGUGAUUGGCAGUGUCUGGAUCCAACACCCCUGGAGACUGGUAGAGGUUCAAUAUGCUGUGGUCCUACUUGGGUCAGAAGCAUCAAAGAUGGAGAUCUGGACUUGGACUAUGACGGCCAUCAUAUGUUCUCUCGGCUGAAUGCAAGCUGUGUUGGCUGGCUUUCCCAAGGCUCUGUCUCAAAGACAAAACUACACUAUGACACAUGGCCUUGUGGGCAAUACAUCAGCACCAAGUGCAUUGGUAGUGACCUACGGGAGGAUAUCACCAGCGCUUACAAGUAUGAAUUAGGUUCUCUGAAAGACAAAGAAGCAUUUUACAGAGCUUAUAGAAAAAUUCAUUCUGGAUACUGUAAUGCUCCCAAUUCAGAUAUAGACAGAGAGUUAGCAUCUCUCCGAAGCCCAUUCCUGAGUGAUGCUGGUAUUGCUAUGAGGCUUAAGAUGUCUAAUUGCCCUGUAUAUGGCCAAGAUGUCUGUCUGCAAUGGGUGCUUGAAAACUUACGUAAGGAGCCCAAGAACCUGAAUUUCAACUUGUGUGCUCAGGUGAUGACAUGCAAUGGAUGUCCAUUGGAUCAGUUCUGGAAGGACAAUAUGAAUGUCAUUCUGGGUCCAAGGGAAGUGAAAACAAUUCCACUACACAUACCAUUUGACCAGUAUGGGUCUCAUCUCUCUGAUUACAACAUUAUGAGAGUGGUAGCUGUCUCAGAACCAGAAUGUGGUGGUGAAGUCCUGAUGGUGAACAGAGAUAUUGUGAUUAACAAGCCUCCUGUUGAUAUUAAGCUCCUAGGUAAACCGAGGGUGCAUGCUACGUGCACUGCAGAGAUCUCCUUCUGCAAUCCCCUCCAGGAGAACCUGAGGAACUGUGUACUGAACCUGGAAGGUUGUGGACUGUUCAAAGAGCCAACGACUAUUGAAUACUUCUACAACAUUAUCUUCUGUGUCCUCUUCAUCUUCCUCAUCACCUUCUUCAAGUUCCCCUACUUCAAGAACAGACUGGGUACCCAGGAGGAGUUGUAA